AUGGAUUGCUCUCAGAUUACGAUCAAUACUCUGGCCGCUCAACCAAUUGCUCCUCCUUCGAGUACUGUGUCCUCGAGUGCUGGUCCUUCUCGAAGUAGCGAUGAUACUCUUGCUUCCAUUCUUUUGCUUGAUUUCGAUAUCACUCCAUUCUUCCGUAAGAUUUAUCCAGAACAGCCUAAACUAGGCCCUUCAGGUAAACGGAAAGCUACAGGGAAUGCUGUAUAUCGAUGCCUCCAUUGCCCUGCAGAUACGCCAUGGGAAAGCAAACAGAAAUCUAACGCUCGCAACCAUGCUCGGAAGGUGCAUCCCAAUAUCGUUAUAAACUCCCGUAGUAACCUUGGUGUGGAUUCGAAUUCGGAUGGCGUCGAACAGCCUUUCCAGAAGCCCCGGAUUGACCACUUUUACGCCCUUCAAGCCUCCGAAUCCUCUCUCCGCCGUGCAUUUGAUCGACAGCGAUAUAUCCAGGCCUGGGUAGGCCUCCUAACUAGGAGGCGCCUUCCGUUUUCUGCAGUUACCUGGGAUGAGAUGUCGGAAUUAGUACUAGCGAGUAAUCCGGCUGUGGAAGAUUUAUUGCUCACAUCUCGGCAUGCUGCGAUGCGGCAUAUAUCCGCGAAUUUCGACCUAUAUCGGACCAGGCUUCGAAGUCUACUUGAGGGCUCCUUCUCAGCCGUACACAUUUCAUCUGACCUUUGGACUAGUCCUCAUCGGCAUGGUAUUCUAGCCCUCUGUGCUAGAUGGAUUGAUGCAGAUUUGAAGCCUAGAAGCGCGCUGCUAGGGAUGCCGGAAUGCAAAUUCAGCCGUAGUGGAGAGCACCAAGCGGAACUCAUACUUGAGGUGCUUGAGCUCUACGGUCUUCCUAGAAGGCUAGGAUAUCAUACCAGUGACAACGCUACAUCAAAUGAUACAUGUCUGCAACACCUUUCGCGGCUUCUCAAGGAAAAACACGGGGCCGAUUUUAACCCCAAACUGCGUCGUAUCCGUUGUGUUGCGCAUAUUCUCAAUCUCUCCCUUCAGGCAUUCCUUCUAGCCUCCUCAAAAGAAGCCCUGAUCGCAGCCCUCGAAGCCGCUGAUGAUACGACAGGUGAUGCAAUGUAUGAGCAAUUCUACGAAGCAUUAAAUACAGCCAUGAUUGUUCUGUUCUUGUUGUUGUUGUUCUAUAAAUUCCUGGAAAAGUAA